AACCGGCAGUGCUGAGCGGCUCUGUUAAAUCAGCUGUUGACUGGCGGUGGCGCAACUGUUUUUUGACGAGUUGGCAGCACUGCAUGUUGCUGGAACAUUGCGUUUUGGUUUAAACAAUUAAAAUACGGUUUAAUUAAAGCAUGUUGUGCACUCGCGCAGCAGCGAGGCUUGCGGGUGGCUUAACCACGUCAGGAUUGGCAGCGCAACAAAUAUAUAAACAUCAUGCGGUGGCGGCGGCUGUGGCAGCCAGAUUUACCGACCAAUGCAGACUCUGCUCCACCGGUGUUGUGGACAGUCCCGGCAAAGCGGCAAAACAAACAUCGGAAGAUGGCAGCAUACUAAAACGUGUUCUAACCAAAGUCGGAUUCACGCCCAAUACAAAAGCCCGCCUAAAGGUUACCAGCCAUCUGCUGUACGAGAGUGUAGCGGACAAGAUCAACUACGUUGCCUUCUUUCGCCAUUUUAAUCUGCCAAACACGUUCAACUCCUGGUUUCUGGUCACCGAACUGCACGUGUGGCUGCUGAUGAUGCGCUCCAUGGCCGAGGGUUCCGAAGCCGGCGAGGAUGGACGCUUUCUGCGCAACUGUAUUGUGGAGGCCAUGUGGGGAGAUGUGAAUACACGCGCCAAAAAACUUGGUGCGAAUAAUCCCUCACGUACGAGAAAGCAAAUCGAGACCCUGUCAGAACAAUUUCAGGCGGCGCUCAUUGCCUACGACGAGGGCAUCAUGUCCGACGACCGAGUGCUGGCCUGUGCUCUGUGGCGUCGCUUCUUUGAAAUGGACUGCGAAGACUAUGCCAAAAUUGAGCGUCUAGUCAAGUAUGUACGGGAACAGGCGUUUAUGUUGGAUAGCUUAACUCGGGAUCAGUUCAUAACGAAGCCUAACGUUGCUUGGCUCGAUCUGGACAAGUGUAAAGUUGAUGCAUAGAAAAUGUUCUUUUAGUUUGUUUAUUAAAGUCUAUAUACACUU